ACUGUCGGUAGUGUCAAACAGCUGAUGUUUGUUGACAACAAUUUCUCGUCGAAAAGAAACAAAGUUUUGUUUGGAAAAUUAAGUUUUACAAAAGAUUUGUGCGUAAACAGCGACUAGGAUAAUGGGAACUUGGGUUCUAGAAGUAGCCAAGAUGGGCAUGUACAUGGCAUUUCCGGUGGCUCUGUUUCACAUCUUCAACCAACCGGAAUAUUUCGAGGAGUGGGUGACCAAAAAGAAGCGCGAGCUGUAUCCACCCGAGCACAAGAGUCAUCGCGAGGAGCUCCAGCGUGCCAUAAGGGAGCAUCACGAGAAGCAUGAUGCCAAAAUGAUGCGCGCCAUGGAGGAGGCAGAGCGUAAGAAGUAGAAAUCCAAAUGGAUCACUGCACCCAGCCGUUUCGUUAUAUAACACCAUUUCGAUCAUCCUGCAGCUAUGCCAUAAAUGCGACUAAACUGAAACUGUAAACACUUUUGUAUGCGACGUAAUAAAAACUUGAAUGUACCCAAAGCACAAA